UUCCUCGGUGUCAGAACAGAGAAUCUUGAAUUCGGCUCGUAGCACCAACGACUGUACUGAAGAAAGAAAAACCAGAUAUAGACUUGAACUCCGCUAAACGUCGAGGGAGUAGGUCGAGAAACGAGCCAAAGACAUUGGAAGUGAGAGGCAACGGAAUCCACCAGGCAACAAACACGGAACACCUCGGACCAUGGGUCUUAUCGGCAUCUCUCCACUAAUCUCUCCCGAUCUGCUGGUUACCCUGGCACGUAUGGGACACGGCGACUCCAUCUGCUUCGCCGACGCAAACUUUCCCUCGGAGAACCUGACAUCUCCCGGGAAGCCUGGGCCGAUCACGGUCCGUGCUGACGGUCACGAGGUCGCUCCGCUUCUACGUGCCGUUUCGAAGCUGUUCCCGCUAGACACGUAUACGGAGUUCCCCGUGCAGAUGAUGGCGGCGGUGCCAGGAGACGAGCUCGACGCGUCAAUAGAGGAGAGAUUUAGCACCGCCGUCGAGGCGGAGCAGCCCGGCAUGUUCAAGGUCGAGCGCGUGGAGCGCUUCGCCUUUUACGAGCGCGCGCGUUCGUGCUACGCGAUCGUGGCCACCGGGGAGACAGCCAAGUACGGCAAUAUCAUCCUCGUCAAAGGAGUACUGGGCAUUAGCGAUGACAGCGGGUGGAGCGGUCCGGCCGUCUUUACCCUCUAGCCGUUGUCUCUGAUCCCUCCAUUAAAAGGCUUUCGCCCUUUUACACGAAUUUAAGGCCUCUCCACACGAAGAUGAAACUAAUUCACCUCUUCGAGAACCUUUUGUAGAGGUCCUUAGGAGAUACUUCGCAUGGGUCCGUACUCUCAGGGACCCUGGGACGUCGGGGGAGCAGCACUAGGUGAAGGUGAAGCAUGGGACCCUCUCUGCUGUCUGUAACAUUUCUUCAACACAUUGACGUCCGUUGCAAAGCCACAGCUGAACAACCUAUCAUUCACCUUUCGGACGUGACUUGUAAGUGGCCUCUGGACCUGGCCGUGCGCUUCAAGCGAAUGGAAAGCCGUACCUGUGUGGUGGUAUCCGGAGGUACUACCGUGGAAUGGUGCCUACCCUCAACAAAUGUAUGAGUCAUUUUCCAGCUGCACUCAAGGUCAGCAUGCUUAACAUCACUCGUUAGUUGGAUAGGUGAGGUAUUGUUCCAAAUUGACGUGUGAGGGAGCGAUAGCUUUUCGCGCUAUUUUGUCACAAACAAUACGCGUCAUGUUAGGUGGGAACACGAGAAGCACUUCACCCGGUGGCUGACU